AUGGAUGGCACAUUUGAUAAUUUACUAAAUACCAAGAUGGUUAUGGGCCGGCCUAUGGACAGGUAUGGUAUGAUUAGACCACCGGUUGUCAGCAAAAUAGGCGAUCAAUUUGAGGAACACUGGUUUGAGCAGAGAGUCGACCACUUUAAUAAACACGACAAUAAGACUUUCAAACAGUUGUAUUACGUCGGAGAUAACUAUUAUAAAACUGGUGGACCAGUAUUUCUAUUGAUUAGCGGCGAAUGUGAGGCUGGUACAUUUUGGCUCACAAAUGCAACAUAUAUGGGGCAAAUGGCUAAAAAAUACGGGGCAUUGGCAGUGGUGUUAGAGCACCGGUACUAUGGAAGAUCUGUUCCCACACCAGACCUGUCCACUCAAAAUUUGAAACACUUGUCCAUUGAAUUAGCCCUUAAAGACACGGAACAGUUUGCACUGUAUUUGACCAAAAGGUUAUCACUUGAAGGCAGCAAAUGGGUUGUGUUCGGGGGCUCGUAUGCGGGCGCUCUCGCGGCCUGGUUUAGGGAGAAGUACCCCAACAUAGCUGUCGGUGCCAUAGCCUCGAGCGCACCCGUAGAGACUACGGUAAAUAAUAUGAACUUUUUAAAAGUCGUUAGCGAAUCGCUGGGGAAAGAGUGCUCCAAUAAUAUUAGGAAAGCAAACAUGGAUAUAGAAAACCUACUGAAAACACCGGAAGGUGUGAUAAAAUUACGCAAAACAUUGAAUUUAUGCGACACUUUUGACGGCAAGAAUAUCAACGAUAAUCGUUGGUUAGCACAAGAAAUGAUGAACAAUAUAGCGCUUACUGUUCAGUACAAUACAAAUAUAAGUCAUAUCAUUGAGACAAUGAACGACCCCUCAGGCGGUACACCACUGGAAAGGUAUGCGAAACUACAAACUUGGGAUUAUUUUAACCAAACCAACGCUUGUAAUGAUGUUAAAUAUGCCGAUUAUAUCGCAAAAGUAAAAAACAUUACAAUUAAUCCAAAGAUAGUCGAGAGACAGUGGUUGUAUCAGACGUGCACUGAAUUGGGCUACUUUGAGACAACAGACCUCCCGGACUGUGCUUUUGGUCAUAACAUUCCCGUCGAGUAUUAUAUCCAACAAUGUGUUGAUAUUUUUGGCCCACAAAUAACAGCCCAAACCGUACGGAAUGGCAUUCACCGGACGAAUGCCUAUUACGGGGGUCUAAAGCCAAACGUAACAAACGUGGUGUUCCCUAACGGGUCACUCGACCCCUGGCACGCACUCAGUGUCCUCACAGACAUCAACAACACUACCAAAGCUGUGAUGAUUGAGAACUACUCACACGGCGGCGAUAUGUAUGCCUCGAGUCCGUCGGAUACCCAGAGUUUAAAAAACGCCCACAAAUUGAUUGAACAACAAAUUGGAGAAUAUUUGAAAUAA